GCUGGGGGCGGGUCCUGCGGCACCGCCCGGGAAGCUGCGCGAGGUUCGGCGGCUGCCACCACAUCCUCCUCCUUCAGGUCCAGGCAAGAGGAGCCUGGUCAGGGCCAAGCGAAGGGCUCCGACGGCGCGGGCGAGCGGAACGCCGAGCCAUGACGCACCAGACGGGCAUCCACGCCACUGAGGAAUUAAAGGAAUUCUUUGCCAAGGCGCGGGCUGGCUCCGUUCGGCUCAUCAAAGUUGUCAUUGAGGACGAGCAGCUCGUGCUGGGUGCCUCUCAAGAGCCAGUGGGUCGCUGGGACCAGGACUACGACAGGGCUGUGCUUCCACUGCUGGAUUCCCAGCAGCCCUGCUACCUGCUCUUCCGCCUCGACUCACAGAAUGCUCAGGGAUUCGAAUGGCUCUUUCUUGCCUGGUCACCUGAUAAUUCUCCGGUGCGGCUGAAGAUGCUCUACGCAGCGACACGGGCCACAGUGAAGAAGGAGUUUGGGGGUGGCCACAUCAAGGAUGAACUCUUUGGAACAGUGAAGGAUGACCUCUCCUUUGCUGGCUACCAGAAACACCUAUCAUCCUGUGCUGCACCUGCCCCACUGACCUCAGCUGAGAGAGAGCUCCAGCAGAUCCGUAUCAACGAGGUGAAGACAGAGAUCAGUGUGGAAAGCAAGCACCAGACUCUGCAGGGCCUCGCCUUCCCCCUGCAGCCUGAGGCCCAGCGGGCCCUUCAGCAUCUCAAGCAGAAGAUGAUCAACUACAUCCAGCUGAAGCUGGACCUGGAACGGGAGACCAUUGAGCUGGUACACACAGAGCCCACAGAUGUGGCCCAGCUACCCUCACGAGUGCCCCGAGAUGCUGCCCGCUACCACUUCUUCCUCUACAAGCAUACCCAUGAGGGUGACCACCUUGAGUCUGUGGUGUUCAUCUACUCUAUGCCGGGGUAUAAGUGCAGCAUCAAAGAGCGCAUGCUGUACUCCAGCUGCAAAAGCCGCCUCCUUGACUCUGUCGAGCAGGACUUCCAGCUGGAGAUCGCCAAGAAGGGUCCCUGCCCCAGGGCCCUGCACCCCCUGUCUCUCUUGGUGCAGGCUGCAAUGCUGGCUGUGGCCUUGGCCCUGGGUGCUCUGCCUGCCUUCCUGCCCUGCGAGUUCCAGCAGGGUAGUCUGGUGAACUGCAACUGGCUGUUCCUGAAGUCUGUGCCCCACUUCUCUGUAGCAGCACCCCGUGGUAAUGUCACCAGCCUUUCCUUGAUCUCCAACCGCAUUCACCACCUCCAUAACUUUGACUUUGUCCACCUGCCUAACCUGCGGCGUCUCAACCUCAAGUGGAAUUGCCCCCCGAUCAGCUUCAGCCCCAUGCACUUUCCCUGCCACAUGACCAUCGAGCCCCAAACCUUCCUGCAUGCGACCAAACUGGAAGACCUGAACCUGAGCUACAACAGCAUCACCACUGUGCCCGCCCUGCCCAAAUCCCUAGUAAACCUGACCCUGAGCCACACCAACAUUCUGACACUAGACCAUACUAGCUUUGCUGGCCUGCAUGCCCUGCGCUUUCUAUACAUGGAUGGCAACUGCUACUACAGUAACCCAUGCAGCAGAGCAGUGGAGGUGGCCCCAAAUGCAUUUCUUAGCCUGCGCAAACUCACCCACCUGUCGCUUAAGUAUAACAAUCUCACAGCAGUCCCCCGCAACCUGCCUCCCAGUCUGGAGUACCUGCUGCUAUCCUACAACCACAUUGUCAAACUGACAAGUGGGGACCUGGCCAAUCUGACUGCCCUUCGAGUGCUUGAUGUAGGCGGGAACUGCCGCCGCUGUGACCAUGCCCGCAACCCCUGUGUGGAGUGCCCUAACAUCUCUCUCCAACUGGAUCCUGACACCUUCAGCAAACUAAGUCAUCUUGAAGGCCUGGUGUUGAAGGACAGUUCUCUCCACACACUUGAUAGCACAUUGUUCCAAGGUCUCAGAAACCUCACUGUGUUAGACCUGAGUGAAAACUUUCUCUACGAAUGCAUCACCAAUACCUCGGCCUUCCGGAACCUGACACAGUUGAGCAAGCUCAACCUGUCCUUCAAUUACUGCAAGAAGGUGUCCUUUGCCCACCUGCAUCUGGAAGACUCCUUUGAGAACCUGAUCUCACUGCAGGAGCUGAACAUGAACGGCAUCUUCUUCCGAUCACUCAAUGAGAAUACGCUUAAGCCGCUGACCCAUCUGCCCCUUCUCCACACACUGCAUCUACAAAUGAACUUCAUCAACCAGGCCCAGCUCAGCAUCUUCGGGGCCUUCCCUGGCCUGCACUUUGUCGAUCUUUCAGACAACCGCAUUAGUGGAGCUUCAGAGCUGACAGUCACCACUGGGGAGGCAAAUGAUUGGAAGCAAGUCCAACUGUGGUCUAGGGAUCUCACUCCAGCCCCACUGGACAGCUCCAGCUCUGAAGAUUUCAUGCCUAGUUGCAGGUCCCUCAAAUUCAUUUUGGACCUGUCUAGGAACAACCUGGUGACAAUCCAGCCAGAGAUGUUUUCCAACCUCUCACACCUCCAGUGCCUCAGCCUGAGCCACAAUAACAUUGCCCAGGCAGUCAAUGGCUCAGAGUUCCGGCUGCUGACUGGUCUUCAGGUGCUGGACCUUUCCCAUAACAAACUGGACCUGUACCAUGGGCGCUCGUUCACAGAGCUGCCGAACCUGAAGGCUCUGGAUCUCAGCUACAACAGCCAGGCCUUCGGCAUGCAGGGUGUAGGCCACAACCUCAGCUUUGUGGCCCAGCUGCACACCCUGCAAUUCCUCAGCCUGGCAUACAAUAACAUCCACAGUCGUGUGUCACUGAAGCUCAGCAGCACCUCAUUGCAGGCCCUGGACUUCAGUGGCAAUGCUGUGAGCCAUAUGUGGGGUGAGGGAGACCUCUAUCUCCACUUCUUCCAAGGUCUGAGAGGCUUGCUUCGGCUGGACCUGUCCCAGAACCACCUGCAUACGCUCUUGCCACGCUACCUGGACAACCUCCCCAAGAGUCUGCAGCUGCUGCGUCUCAGUCACAAUUAUCUGGCCUUCUUCAACUGGAGCUGCCUGGCCCUCCUGCCCAAUCUGAAAGCCCUGGACCUGGCAGGAAACCAGCUGAAGGCCCUGAGCAAUGGCAGCCUGCCCAAUGGAACACAGCUCCAGAGGCUAGACCUCAGCAGCAACAGGAUAAGCUCUGUGGACCCAGGCUUCUUUGCCCUGGCAGUGGAGCUGAAAGAGGUCAACCUCAGCCACAAUGCCCUCAAGACGAUUGAGUCUUCCUGGUUUGGGCCACUGACCUAUUCUCUGAAAACAUUAGAUGUGAGUGCCAACCCUUUGCACUGUGCCUGUGGGGCGGCCUUCGUGGACUUCCUGCUGGAGGUACAGAACGCCGUGCCAGGUCUGCCCAACCUUGUUAAGUGUGGCAGCCCGGGGCAGCUGCAGGGAAAGAGCAUCUUCGCGCAGGACCUGCGCCUCUGUUUGGAUGAGAGGCUCUCCUGGACUUGCUUCGGCUUCUCGCUGCUGGCUGUGGCUCUGGGUCUGACUGUGCCUGUGCUACAGCAUCUCUGUGGCUGGGAUCUCUGGUACUGCUUCCACCUGGGCCUGGCCUGGCUUCCCUUGCGGCGCGGCACCCGCGCCCUGCCCUACGAUGCCUUCGUGGUCUUCGACAAGGCGCAGAACGCGGUGGCUGACUGGGUGUACAAUGAGCUGCGGGUGAGGCUAGAGGAGCGUCGCGGACGCCGCGCGCUCCGUCUUUGCCUGGAGGAGCGGGAUUGGCUGCCGGGCAAAUCACUCUUCGAGAACCUGUGGGCCUCGGUCUAUGGCAGCCGAAAGACUCUCUUUGUGCUGGACCACACGGAUCGGGUCAGUGGCCUCUUGCGCACCAGCUUCCUGCUAGCCCAGCAGCGCCUGCUGGAGGACCGCAAGGAUGUCGUGGUGUUGGUGAUCCUGCGCCCGGACGCCCGCCGCUCCCGCUACGUGCGGCUGCGCCAGCGCCUCUGCCGCCAGAGCGUCCUCUUUUGGCCCCACCAGCCCAGUGGUCAGGGCAGCUUCUGGGCUCAGUUGAGCACGGCCCUGACCAGGGACAACCGCCAUUUCUAUAACCGGAAUUUCUGCCAGGGACCCACUGCCGAAUAGCGUGGAGCUUCAGUGGGGUGGGGCCUCACCUCUAGACCUCGCUGCCCGGGAAGCCCAAGCUGCCUCUCUGGGCACCUCCACUGCUUUGCUCCCCACCCGCACGCGAGACCCAGGGCAGGCAAUCAAUAUGCUACCAAGCAGAGUGAUGUAGCCCAUACCUGUAACCUCCGCGGAGGGUUGAGGCGGGAGGAUUGCAAGUUGAGGCCAACCUGAGCAGCAUAGCGAGACCUUGUCUCAAAAAAAAAAAAAAAAAAAAAAAAAAAAGCAAAUAAAUAUAAUUUUAAAAAGAAACGGGGUGGGGGUGUAGUUCACCCCCGGUAGAGCACCCCCGGGUUCAAUCACCAGUACUGCAAAAAUCAACCAAUUAAUAAUAAAUAGUAUAAAUAAAUGAAUGCAACAAAUAAAUUAAAAAAAUAAAAUGCAUGCAUGCAUAUUACUAAACAGCUAACCCUGAGCUUCCCAGAGGUGUGGGUGGGAGAAAAGAAAGGAAAAUUCUGUAGGACUCUAUAAAGUGAUUAGGGAAAAGAGGCAGUUUGGAGAAAAGAGAAAAACGGGGACCCAUAGGACUAAAGUUGGCUGCUAAGGGCAAUUUUGUUCAUGGGCAUCUUUUUAGGGGAGUCUGAAGAUAUUCGGCGAAUGUGGUCUUGGACCUUCACGGAGAGCAAGGGAAGGAUUUCUGCCCUUUUCAACCCUUCCCUCAAUGCCCUGCCUGACCCAUUCCAGGCAGAGCCAGGCAGCUUCUGCUAGGCUUGGGUCAGCACCGUCUUGGGUAUUAAUCUCGGGUAUUUGCCUCUCUCCCCUACUAGACUGAAAAUGGUUUGAGGGCAAAGAACCUGCAAGUCUGGUAUAUUUCUGUCCCUCAGCAAAGUCCUGCUGAGAGGCCAGCUCAGGAGAUGUUCAUUCCAAAGUUUUUAAUAAAUAAUGGAUUUAUGGCCAGUUCAGCUGGUGAUUGCGCCAUCUGGUGGCCAUGCCUAUGCUGGCUUCAAAGACAUAACAGCAAAAUUUUUGUGACUUGGGUACAGGUGCUCAGGCCUUCGUGUUCCCUGCUAUUUACUCAAAUCAAACACAGAGGAGAAUAUUUUAUUUAUGGGUUGGGAGCCUUGUGUGGGCUCUGAUGUGUCCUACUUCCUGAGCCUUCCUGGGGCAGGGAGAAAAUAAAAGCAGUCAUUUCCCCCAGCCAGGGUGGAGUCUUGGGAAAGUCCCCUACUGAGUAGUUCCGAGAUUCUUCUGGGCACAAGCAGGAGCAGGAGAGGAAGCAAGCCCUUGUUUAGGAUACCAUAUUUUACUUAUAGGAAGCACAACUUGGACAGCAAAUCUCUCUGGCAGUUCCAGGUAGACCUUAAUCUCCCCUUACCCCCGCUUGUGCUCUCACAGACUUGGUGUUCUGGAGGCUAGGACCAUUUUAGAGAUGAAGCAUGGGUGUUGUGGUAGGAUCUUGGCUUGAUUCAAAUAAGUUUUGGGGUCUGAGGUACUUGGCUCUGUGCUAUCUAUGGGAUCAGAAAGGGCAGAGUUCCACUGUUUCAGAUCCCGCAGGAGGCAGUCUGAGCUGGGCCACUGUGGGCUGUGUAGAAGGUGGCUCCCACUGCACUGUCGGGAAGGGUACUCAGGGAUGGCUCCAGGUCCUCUCUUCUGGCCAUCCUCACCCACUGACAUUGACAUUGAUUCUGCCAGACCAGGAAAGAGAAAAUUUAGUUCAGAUUUCAAGGGGCUAAAUCCCAGCUCUGGCAUUUGGGUAAUCUUGGGCAGGCAAACUUCCCUUUGGAGUCUCAGCUUGUUCAUUUAUCAAGGGGGUUGACCAGGGCUAUUCUGAAAGCUAUUGUAAGAAUGAAUGGUAAUGUGUGUAAGGUCAGUCACGGUGACCAAAAGGAGGCAGACUAAAAGCUGCUGAACAAGGCUUUAUUGAGAUUCGCUCCGGGGCAAGACCCUCCAGUGGAACAGAGCAGGUCCAGGAGAAUCCACUCAGGCUCAGACGGAUUGGAAUUUUAUUGGGCUUAGGGCAGGAAAGGGAGGUUUUUAGAGUCCCUUGUCCUCCUGGGGUUGGUCAGGAGACCCUGAUGAUUGACAGGUGGUUAUCAAUGCUUGUCUGUCAGUGCCUGAUGUGUUGUAAUUUUGCGCAUACGGGUUGCCUUAGCCACCUCAAACUAACCUAACAAUGAAUAUAAAGGUUUGAAAAACCUAGCAGGGCCUCAGUUGCCAUUAUUAAGUAUUGAGACUUUUACUCAGGACCAUGAGAUGAUAUGGCUUCAAAGUUUCUCUCUCUACCCUGAGAAUGAUCCUCCUGGGCCAGGGAUGGCUCCCAGAGCACCAUGUUCAGAGGCAGAUGUGACUGAAUCAGAAGCACAUGACGCUGGGGACCAAAGCUCUCCUUGGUAGAGUCUGCAGACCUUGGGUGGUUUCCUUGUUGGGGAGUAAGGAGCACCAGAAAAUGUCAUGAUGGGGAAAGGCUACUAAGAUUUUAAUACACAACUCACCCUGCCCUCCCUUGGCACUUUAUUUGGUGUCCAGACUUCUAAAUACUCUUGGCAAACUUCCCACUGUAUUGUAGUUUUAUACUAGACUUGCUUAUAAAAGCCAAACAUCUCAUUUUUAAAUCGUUCUACUUCCUGUAGAUCCUUCCGUCUUUUUCUCAUAACCCCAAGAAGGAGGGAGAGGAAAGUGUACCUCCAAGCCUUCUUCUUCUUUUUUAAAAAAUAUUUUUUAGUUGUAUAUGGACACAGUAUCUUUAUUUUUUAUGUGGUGCUGAGGAUUGAAUCAAUGCCUCACACGUGUGAGGCAAGUGCUUUGCCACUGAGCUAUACAGCCCCACUCGGAGCCUUUUUGACUCUCCUUGUUCUUAUGGAGGAAGACUGGGUCCUAAGUGUUCAGGCCCCCACUAGAGGCAAGCAAUCCUACUUGAAGGAAAGGAGGUGGAGCGCUGUCCAGGCGUGGGAAUGUGAAAGACAAUGGAGAGCCCUGAAGGCCUAUGUGAAGGAGCAGAGCUGGGAAAGUGAGUUGUUACCAGAGCAGGAAGGAACCAUAUUGUGAUUCCAAAGUGCCGGACGUGACUUCCAUCACACCCAGAGGCCUGCCGAGACUAACAGUUUUAUCUGAUGGGACCAUGACUCAGUGGAGCCCUCCCGUGUGCCUCAACAAGCCCAGGCCAACUACCAGCACAACUCUUCCCCAGGGGAGAAAGCACAGUUGCCUUUCUAGAGCUAAGAGGGGGAGUCAAGCCCAAAGAUGCUCCUCACCUCCAGCAGGUUGGUUCUUCUUCAGCACACUUGUUCUUUUUAGUAGACUAAGAUGUUGUCACUGGGGUGCCCUUCAUUCAUUCAACAUUUUUGCUCAUCAUCAACUGUGUUAUCAGAUUCUAUGCUGGAUUCAGAGGGUACAGAAGUGAGAAGAAAGGGCACCUUUCUUCAUAGGGAUAACAUUACAACGGGGGGGGGGGGAUCACUGUGUGGCGACUAUUUAAGAGCAGCAAGGCUAAAGGCCCAGCAAUGGGAGGAAUUCAAAAAGGGGUGCGCCCAACUGGGCACAGUGGCAAGUGUCUGUAAUUCCAGCAACUCAGGAGACUGAAGCCCAAAGAUCAGAAGUUCAAGGCCAGCCUCAGCUAUUUGGUGAGGCCCUAAGCUGUUAGCAUAAUUGCAGCCAUCUUCCUUUUCCCCAUCCCCACUUUAUGAAUACUGUUCUUAUUCCCAAGAAAUAGAAAGUAGCCCAAGAUAAAACCUACCGGCCUGGAGACGUGCUGGUCUCUCCCUGUUCCCUCAUUGAGAGAUAGGAGACAACUUACCGCCCUGAGAUGGGGACGUACUGGUUUGCCUGUUCUCUCCUUGAGAAGAUACAGAGACAUGCCGGUUUCCCUGUUUCCCCUUUGAGAGAUAGGAAAACUGCCUGUCUCUGUUCCCAAGAAACAAACUUGGCUUCCAUAAGAUCAGGAGAUGCUUACUAUGUCAGUCAAGACUAAACCCGCCCCUCACCUGCAGCCAUGAUUCUAGCCUAUAAAAGGUAACAUCCAAGGGGAGUUGCUGCUGCUGUCCCUCUUUUUGCAGAGCAGCCUUGUCAGGCUCCUGACAAUAAACUCGCUUCUUAUCCCA